GGCGAUGGCUCGGCCCGACCCGUCCGCGCCGCCCUCGCUGCUGCUGCUGCUGCUGGCGCAGCUGGUGGGCCGGGCAGCGGCCGCCUCCAAGGCUCCGGUGUGCCAGGAAAUCACGGUGCCCAUGUGCCGAGGCAUAGGCUACAACCUGACGCACAUGCCCAACCAGUUCAACCACGACACGCAGGACGAGGCAGGCCUGGAGGUGCACCAAUUCUGGCCGCUGGUGGAGAUCCACUGCUCACCGGACCUGCGCUUCUUCCUGUGCUCCAUGUACACACCCAUCUGCUUGCCCGACUACCACAAGCCGCUGCCACCGUGCCGCUCCGUGUGCGAGCGCGCCAAGGCCGGCUGCUCGCCUCUCAUGCGCCAGUACGGCUUCGCCUGGCCGGAGCGCAUGAGCUGCGACCGUCUCCCUGUGCUGGGUGGCGACGCCGAGGUUCUGUGCAUGGAUUAUAACCGAAGCGAAGCCACCACCUUGUCCCCCAAGUCCUUCCCGGCAAAGCCCACCCUCCCAGGCCCACCAGGGGCGCCAUCUUCCGGGCGUGAGUGUCCCUCGGGAGGUCCAUCUGUAUGCACUUGCCGUGACCCCUUCGUGCCCAUCCUGAAGGAGUCACACCCUCUCUACAACAAGGUGCGCACCGGCCAGGUGCCCAACUGUGCAGUGCCCUGCUACCAGCCGUCCUUCAGCCCCGAUGAGCGCACGUUCGCCACCUUCUGGAUUGGCCUGUGGUCUGUGCUGUGCUUUAUCUCCACAUCCACCACUGUGGCCACCUUCCUCAUCGACAUGGAACGAUUCCGCUACCCUGAGCGCCCCAUCAUCUUCUUGUCUGCGUGCUACCUGUGUGUGUCUCUGGGAUUCCUGGUGCGCCUGGUCGUGGGCCAUGCCAGCGUCGCCUGCAGCCGCGAGCACAGCCACAUCCACUACGAGACUACCGGCCCUGCGCUCUGCACGGUUGUCUUCCUCCUGGUCUACUUCUUUGGCAUGGCCAGCUCCAUCUGGUGGGUCAUCCUGUCGCUCACCUGGUUCUUGGCGGCUGGCAUGAAGUGGGGCAACGAAGCCAUUGCGGGCUAUGCCCAGUACUUCCAUCUUGCUGCCUGGCUCAUCCCCAGCGUCAAGUCCAUUACAGCGUUGGCACUAAGCUCCGUGGACGGUGACCCGGUGGCCGGCAUCUGCUAUGUGGGCAACCAAAACCUGAACUCACUGCGUGGCUUCGUCUUGGGCCCACUGGUGCUGUACCUGCUGGUGGGCACGCUCUUCCUCCUGGCGGGCUUCGUGUCGCUCUUCCGCAUACGGAGCGUCAUCAAGCAGGGUGGCACCAAGACAGACAAGCUGGAGAAGCUCAUGAUCCGCAUUGGCAUCUUCACUCUGCUCUACACGGUGCCAGCCAGCAUUGUGGUGGCCUGCUACCUGUAUGAGCAGCACUACCGGGAAAGCUGGGAGGCGGCCCUCACCUGCUCGUGUCCAGGACCCGACGCUGGCCAGCCCCGCGCCAAACCCGAGUACUGGGUGCUCAUGCUCAAGUACUUCAUGUGCCUGGUGGUGGGCAUCACGUCGGGAGUCUGGAUCUGGUCCGGCAAGACCCUGGAGUCUUGGCGGCGCUUCACCAGCCGCUGCUGCUGCAGCUCAGGGCGGGGCCACAAGAGCGGUGGCGCUAUGGCCGCAGGGGACUAUGCGGAGGCCAGCGCCGCGCUCACCGGCAGGACCGGGCCGCCGGGCCCCGCCGCCGCCGCCGCCGCAUACCACAAGCAAGUGUCCCUGUCGCAUGUCUAGGAGGCCUGGAGGCCGAGGCCCCAGGGACAGUGCUGGAGUUGAAGGAGGGCGUUGUUUUGCUGGGUAGCUUUGUGAAGGUCACUUCCGUUUACCUUCUUGGUGCUGAUGCCCCCUCCCUGAGCGGCUUGGAGAGGGAAAGGGGUCGGUUUCAAGAGAGUACCUGUCCCGCAGUCUUCUACCAGGGGGCUCGGCUCACGUGCAGUGUAUUCUAGUUUGCAUUUCUUACUGCCUUCAGAACCCUGUUUUUAAUUUAUAUGUAUUUUAAUUUUUUAACUUUGUUGCAUUUUGGCAACAAAAUUUACCUUUGCUUUGGGGACUUCACAAUCCUCAAGCGGGCAUUGUAAUGAGGUUACCCUUGGUUCAGGUUUCUUUGGACUGUGUGGUCUAAAUUAGGAAAAUAUAUUUCCUGUAUGUGUGUCUUUUUCUUUCUUUUUUUUUAAAUGUGAACAGUGACGGGCUGCUGUGACUGGGAAGGUGUGGACUGUCCUUUUUUUUUUUCUCCACUUAGUUUUUCCUUCCACUGCUUAAAAUGUCCAGGACACUGAGAGGCCAGAGGCCAUCUGCUAGUUCUGUGUAUAGCCCCCUCAAGUCCUCCCCGGGAAUGGAGCAUGAUGGUUAGGACCAUCCCCAAGUGACAAGGUUGGAGAAGCUAAAGAUUUUGUGAGCCUCCUUAACCUUGCUCAGCAAGCGUUGGGUCAUUUUCAUUCAUUCCUAAUAGAGCCUGCGUCACGCCUUGAAUGGUAGAGGUGGCAUCAUAGAGCUAGACACACACGUUUGCCAUAGUGAGUGAGAGC